AUGCCCCGCCCACGGCUGCGAACAUGGGCGUCCUGCCUCGCUGUGCUGCUCGCGUUCGUGCUGGCAGGCUACGACGCGGACCCGACGACGCUCGUGUCGACGCCGUACCUCGCCGAGCUGGACCACCCGUUCCCCUCGGCGUCGGAGCAGGACUCGAUCCGGCGCGCGCUGUACACGUGCGACGUGGCCAGCUUCAUCCUCACCGCGCUCGUGCUCACCCCGUGCUUCAUGCAGCGCCAAGGACGGCGGGGGACGCUGCUCCUCGGGGCGGUGUACGCCUUUGUCGGGGCUCUGAUCCAGGUCAUCUCGCCCAGCCGCCCCCUCGCGGUCCUGGGACGCUUCUUCGCCACCCUCGGCAAGGCGUUCGCGCUCCCCUCGGCACUGGUGUACGUCGCCGAGGUGGCGAGUACUGCCGACCGCGGCGCACUCCUCUCCCUCGCGCAGGCGGCAUACCAGCUCGGCUCGUUCCUCGUCUUCUGGGUGCAAGCCGCCCCGGGCGCGGCGACGCGCCAGCCCCAGCUCGCAGCGAGAAUCACGCCCCUCGUGCAGCUCUACUUCCCGCUCAUCCUCGUCCUCGGCAUGCUCCUGGCGCCAGAGAGCCCGCGGUACCUCGCCUCGAGGGGGCGGUACGAGGCCGCCAUGCGCGCGCUCGCCACGGUCCGCGACGAGAUGGACCCCCGUGCGCUCGAAGAGCUCGAGGAGAUAAUCCGCGCCGGGCCGGCUCCCGAAAAGUCGGACUACUUCCACCAGCUGAGCCCGUACCUCGAGCUCGUGGCCAACAGCGCGAGCCGGCACCGGCUCCUCCUCGCCUUCGGCCUCGGCGUCGGCCUCACUCUCGGCGGUAGCGCGCAGGUCGUGUCCGACGCCGGUGCGGUGUACAGCUACGCCUUCUGGCCACGGCAGCAAGGGACCUCGCUCGACCAGGACCCCAACAUCGACAUGUCCGAGCUCGCCCUCGCGCGGCGGUAUAUCCGGAGCUCGACCGGCCCAGGGCUGGCAUUCUUCGUCCUCCCUGCUGUCCGCCGCGCAAUCGAGCUGGUCUCGGCCGCUGCGGCGCCUCUGCUAAUCGCCAAGCUUGGGCGCAGACGCCUUGUCGUCCUCGGUGCCGUUGCCACUGCCGUUCUCCUCGUCCCGCUUGGCGCGGUCGGCGGCCUCGCCAACGUGCUCACGAAACGCGGCGUGCUGGCAGGGUACAGAACCGGCUGGGCGACAUGGACCAUCCAGGGCGUCCGGGUCGACGACCCCCGGCGCAGCGUCGGCGUGCUGUACGCCAUCUUCGCGACGAUCAUCCGCGCAGUGUACCUCCCCACUGUCGCCGCCGGCGUGUUGACUUACACCGGCGAGAUGUUCUCGCAGGGGGUGCGCGCGCACGGCGUGAGUAUCGCUCUUGCGCUGUACGCGGUGCUGGACGCCGUGUUCAACGACCAAGCCUUUGCUCGCUUCACCUCGUCGGCCGGGCUGUUCGCUUUCUUCCUCUUCGCGGCCGUCGCCUUCGUCUUCCUCCUCCUCCCGGAAACGCGCAGCGCCGACCUGGAAGGCAUGGAGGACCUGUUCGAGCCGGAACAGCCCGAGCGGCCGGCCUCAGUGGCCAGCGAGGCGUCAGUCGCGAGCUUUGGGUCCCGACCACGUUCGAGCCGGUCCAAGCGACGCCAGCCGCUCGCGCGGCUAGGGGCGUAG